AUAAAAAACGUUAAAAUUAUUGUCAAUUUGUCAUUUCUGAAACGUUUUAAAGUAUAAAUUAUGUCAUCGAAGAAAAUGCAAAGAAAGAAAAACAAACCAAAUCCGUUAAAGGUGAAUAAUUUGGUCAAAUUUAAACGAAGAUAUUUUAAUUGUUUGAAAAACGUAUCGGAAUACGUGAAAACCGCGUUUACGGCCGCAAAAGCUUUGAACUAUUUCAAUUCUUGUAGCGUAAGUAAUAGAUUUCUUGAUGCAUUAAUAGCACCACGAUCACUUAAUAUACCUCGAAUCAUAAAUCAUAAAGAAAUAAAUAUUAAUCAAACCGAUAAUGUACGCAAAAGUUUAAUGGACUGCUGUAGAGAUAUUGAUGUUAAUGGAACAAAGUUAAAUUGUUUUAUUGAAACAGAAACGGAAAUUAAGAAUAAUAAAGCGAGAUAUUAUGCUACACAAAUAUGGAAUUGGAAAAGAACCAUGCGAAUUUAUACAUAUUCAGAUACUGUGAGAUAUGUAAAGAAAUACAUUUCAAAAGCAAUAGAUGCAAUGACUCCGAAAGAUAUUGAAAUAGUUCAAUGUUUAUUACAAGAAACAAUUUAUAUUUACUGUGAUGUAAUUACUUUAUUUAAUAACUUAGGACAUACUAAAUAUAUACCGAUUUUCUAUAAAUUGCUCCACCAAUGGUUUCUUAUAAUGCCUCUUUUAGAAGAAUUCAACAAAUUUAUUUCCUGGGAAACGUUAAUAAAAAUAAAAACCUACCUUUUAGAUCCCGACCAAUUAUACUCCAUCCUCUUAAAUGUUUUCUAUAAAACUGAAGGUUAAACAAAAGUACCAAACAAAUUUUAUUUCUGUUAUUAACAAUAAACGUAAUAAAUUAAAGUCCUCUUAUACGUAA